AUGUCAAACUUUGUCCAAGAGUAUGAAGAAGAUGACGAACAGUUCCAUAGCAAUACAGCUAUGGAGUUGUCCAAUGGGAGUCCUAAUCCUACUGAAAACGAUCCAGAUGCAGAAGUUGUGGCCUUGUCACCUAGGACACUAAUGGCAACAAAUAGGUACAUUUGUGAGGUGUGUCAUAAAGGAUUCCAGAGAGAUCAGAACCUUCAACUCCAUAGGAGAGGCCAUAACUUGCCGUGGAAGCUCAAGCAAAGGCCAAACACACAAGUGAAGAAGAGGGUGUAUGUGUGUCCCGAGCCGAACUGUGUGCAUCAUGACCCCAGCAGGGCUCUUGGUGACUUGACCGGCAUAAAGAAGCACUUCUGCAGGAAGCACGGAGAGAAGAAAUGGAAGUGCGACAAGUGCUCAAAGCGUUAUGCUGUACAAUCGGACUGGAAAGCUCACGCAAAGAUCUGUGGAACACGUGAAUACCGGUGUGAUUGUGGGACUAUUUUCUCAAGGAAGGAUAGUUUUGUCACUCACAGAGCCUUCUGCGACGCUUUAACAGAGGAGAAUUACAAAAUGAACCAGACUCUUGCAGUCACAGGAGGAAUGUCACAGAACCAAGCUCAAGAGCUGUUCACUUCUUCAAUGACCACUUCUGAUUCCUGUGCCACAAACACAAACACUUCCAUGAUGAAUCUGCCGGUCCCUCUUGACAACAAUGACAAUCCACUAAAACCAUUGUCUCUGAACUCACACGGUGUAAUGUUACCGAACAACUUGGAUCCCAUUUUCAAUCCAAGAACAACGCGGCCAUGCUUCAGCUCUGCAGGUGGACCAAAUAACUCUCCCUUGGCAAUCGGCUCUCCCUACACGUCGGCAACUGCCUUGUUACAGAAAGCUGCAGAAAUGGGAGCAAAAAUCAGUGACAAUUCAAUCUCCCCAAUUCUCCUCAGAGGAUUUACAGGGUACUCUACUAGCACUAUGAACUCAACAGGACCAGUUCAGGAGAUUUCUGCAGCCACCAACGCGUUAUACGUUGGGAAUAUCGAAACACUAGACAAGAAUAUGGAGACAGGAGAUUUUAGAAAUGGUUACAACAUGUCUCAAUCUGGUUUAUACAAUUCUGAUUUUUUGAUGCAGUCCUCAAAUGGGAACUCUAGUAGUCUCUUGGAAAGAGAAGCAUUCAUGGGAGGAGGUGAAAAAAUGACUGUUGACUUCUUAGGGAUAGAGCCAUCUGGUCAUUCAAGUUUCGAGAAGAAAAGUAGCUAUGAUGGUAGUGGCAUAAUGGGGUUAGGAUACUCAAAUGCUCAGCAGAGCCUGCAUAACCUGCACUCUGAGUGGUAG